CCCGAGCCUCGCGGUGCCGGACGGCCGCGGGAGGGGCGCGCCGGCCAUGUGGGGUCCCGGGGUGCCCGGCGAGGGCCUGGCGGCCGCUCCGGCGCCGCAGCCGCCGCUGCCGCUGCUGCUGCUGCUGGCGCUGGCGCUGGUGGCGCCCUCGCGGGGCGGCGGGGGCUGCGCCGAGCUGGCGUGCGGCGAGCGGGAGCGCUGCUGCGACUCGGCCAACGCCACGGCCGCGCGCUGCUGCAAGCUGCCGCUCCACGCCUUCCUGGACAACGUGGGCUGGUUCGUCCGCAAGCUCUCCGGGCUGCUCAUCCUGCUGGUGCUCUUCGCCAUCGGCUACUUCCUGCAGCGCAUCAUCUGCCCCAGCCCUCGCAGGUACCCGCGCGGUCAGGCGCGAGCCGGCCAGGCGCGAGCCGGGCCCGCCGGGGGCGCCGGGCCUCCGGGGACGGCGGGGCCCCCCGACGGCGACGACGACGACGACUCCCCCGCCCUGCUGCGCGACGAGGUGGCCGCGGGCUCGCAGGACUCGCUGCUGGAGAGCGGCGGCGGCCGGGCCCGGGGAGGGGGCGGCCGUCCGCCCCCCGCCUGCGUCUCGGAGCACGAGCUGCGCGCGGUGGCCCCCGUCUUCCUCCAGCUGCCCAGCUACGAGGAGGUCAAGUACCUGCCCACCUACGAGGAGUCCAUGCGGCUGCAGCAGCUCAGCCCUGCCGAGGUCGUGCUGCCCGUGUCGGUGCUCGGCCGUCCGCGAGGCGGCGGUGCCGGAGACCCCGACGGCGGCCAGGGCCGUUUCCCGCUCAUCUGAGCGCAGGGCACCUCGCGGGGGGGCACCCGGACCGUCACCAGGUUGGGGGCCGCG